ACAAAUCAAAAGAAAAAAAACAUCGACAUGGCCACCAGAAAGAAAUCUUUGUUGAAAGUUAUCAUACUGGGCGACAGCAGCGUUGGAAAGACGUCGCUCAUGAAUCAAUAUGUAAACAAACGAUUCUCUAAUCAAUAUAAGGCAACGAUCGGAGCGGACUUUUGUACGAAAGAGGUUGUUGUUAACGACCGAGUAGUUACAAUGCAGAUUUGGGAUACGGCCGGCCAGGAACGCUUCCAAUCACUUGGCGUGGCCUUCUACCGCGGUGCGGAUUGUUGUGUCCUUGUCUAUGAUGUGACGGCUCCCAACUCAUUCAAGAAUUUAGACUCGUGGCGAGAUGAAUUUUUAAUACAGGCCAGUCCACGGGAUCCAGAGCAUUUUCCCUUUGUCGUACUGGGCAAUAAAGUGGAUUUAGAUAAUCGCCAAGUAUCUACGCGCCGUGCGCAGCAGUGGUGCCAAUCGAAAAACGACAUACCCUAUUAUGAGACGUCAGCAAAGGAGGGAAUCAAUGUUGAGAUGGCGUUUCAAACCAUAGCUAAGAAUGCUCUGGAACAGGAGGCGGAGGCUGAACUUAUAAACGAUUUCCCCGAUCAACUACGCUUGAACUCUGAAAACAAUCGUCCCAGCAACGCUGACAAUUGUCAAUGCUAAUAUUACUAUAUGUUAUGAUGAGCUGCAGCAAAAGAAUACAACGCAACGUGCAUAAUUACACAAUCUACAUUAUAAAUAAUAUACAUAACAGAAAAUGAGUAUGAAAAGCUAAUAUGAUGAACAACAGCAAGGUUAUAAGUUUAAGUAAAACAAUUUGAGCGACAGCAUAGGUAUAAUAAUAUGAUAGAAUGCUAAAUUGUGUGUUUACCAAUCAUUUAAAUAACUUUUACAUAUUGUGCAUGCCCUCCUAGUACUAUUUUGUCAUUAGUAAAAUUAUAGCACGCAACCGAUGCUGCCGUUGCAGGAAACAAACAUCAGAAUCACCAAUAACAAAUUAUCUUGGAACACAAAAAAAAAUUCUUGUGAUUGUAAAUUUAAUAAAAAAAAAAAAAUAUACAUUUUUAUUGUAAUUAA